UCUGAAGCAGCUCAUUUUGUGGGGAAUGAAGCACAACGUGAGCUGGUCUUUUGCUGUCCCACUCAUUGACAUCUUCCUGGAUAUCUUCCUACCUCCACAAGAGUCACCCUACACACAUCCAGAUCCGGAGUGCCAGAGUCUUCCCAACGUCCCCUUCCAACGCAGCGGCUCAGAAACCAAAAACUACACAGAGAGCAGCUACAGCAUCCACUGUGACCGCCGUGAACUGGCCAAGCUCAAUGACACUAUGUGUGCCGACGUCCUCGCAGUUUCGGGAAAGGGAUUUUCUGCAUCUGUGUUCACCUUUUGCCAGGCUCUGAGCUCCCUCAACCCCGACCAGACGGAGAGGAUGUGGAGGAACAUGUGUUAUGUUUUUCAAGCACUGAUGUCUCCACUCAUGAGCGGGUCACCUGAAUGCAGUGAUGAGAAAACACAGGCUUUUACUGCCGUCACCCCUCUCUCCCAGGCUCGACCCGUCUCUCGCUCUGCACCUCAUCGAGUAGCCAGAGAAGCCUCCAACCUCCAACAGCUCGCCUGUAACUACAACAGCUGGCUGGAGAGCAGCGCGGUGGAUCCUGUCCUGGUGUCCCUGUGCAGCGAUAAUGAGCGUGUGGAGUUUGUGAGGCAGGUGUGCAGCAAUGUUUUGUUGAUGAGGAAGCUGCUCUCAGACAGGAUGAACAGCUGGAUGUAUGGCUACUGUGCUAACUCCUCUGCAGAUCCUGGCUACAUGGUGAGUCAGUUCUGUGUGUAUCAGCAGUGGCUCCUGCAGCCGGAGGUGCCUCUGGACCACUAUCUGUUUGAGUUCUGCAUGAACCUGGAUGGUCCCAGACUGACCCAACUCAUCUGUGAGCACACUGGAUUCCUAAUGAUUUUGAUCUCCAACCCUGACAACUGGCCACUCAUGCCCAACUGCACCAGCGCGCCCCCUCCACCACCACUCCCCCACGAAGAUACCUUACAGUUAGAGUCUUGUCGUUACUCGGAGUGGCAUGAUGUGAUGCAAGUCACCACAGAUCUUCUGUCCCAGUGCAUCCUCUUCGAUCAGAGCGGUUUUACUAGGGACGUUUGUUCUAACAAAACCUUUCUUGACAGCCUUCUGCAGAAUGCUGAAAAUGCCUGGCUUGAGGGGCACUGCGACAGUUCUUUGCAGUUUGCACCCCCUGAGCCAACUCCGUCCUUCAACAUUGCAGGAUGGUGUGAUUAUCAAGCAUGGGGAGAACGACAGGUGGACGAUUCAGUGGUCGGCCUCUGCUGGCAGCACGAUCAGCUUGCUUUUCAGAAGAAUGUCUGCUGCAAAGCGCUUGUGUUUGAAAACCUGCUAGAAAACCCUAAGAACCAGUGGCUUACAUCAGUCUGCACAGACAUCGAGGAGAUAACUGUGAUGCCACAGGUGUGCAAGUACUCUGAGUGGACCCGUCCCAUCGUCGUGGACAUGACCGAGCUGGCUCUCUGUGCUGAGAUCGACCCACUUAACUUCACCUCCAAAGUCUGCGCCAAUGAAACAGUCCUCCAGAACCUGCUGACCAAUCAGGACAACACCUGGUUAAUACAGCACUGCUUCAACCAUACUGGUCUUGGAGUGUCUCCUGGUGGAGGUGGAGGUGGAGGAGGAGCAGGAGGAGGAGGCCUGCCUGGAUUCGACCCUGCUGAGCAGUGUCAGUACUCCACCUGGACCAUCGCUCCUCCAGAUGCAGUACUUUUAACUCUGUGCUGGGAGCAUGACCAGAGCAAUUUUGUCUCAUCCAUCUGCCCUAAUGCUGCUCUUAUCCUUUUUCUGUCCGGGGAGCCAUCUAGCGCUUGGGUGGGCAGCAUGUGCACCACCUACACCAACUAUACCACCCCUAACAACGGCACCACUACAGACCCAGUUACUUGCCCUGCAGUAAAUCUAAUGAAACAGCUCAACUGGAACUGCUCGUCCUACUUUGCCUCAGCCUGCAAACCUUGUGCCACUCAGAACAUGGCAAUGCAGAUGAUCGUGCGCUGCUGGGUGGAGAAUCUGAGGUUCAGGUUGGAGGAUCUGCUGACACUACCUGUUGCUAGAGUGUUGGACCAGGCGGUUGGCACAACUGUUGUAGUCCUGUUGAUCCUGGAGGAUGUCCAGAGUAGCAUGUGGCAUGUUUCUGAGACCAUCAGGGAGAGUGUGCUGAACUCUGUAGUUGAGUUUCUCAAGAGGGAGACCAACGCUGACGAAAAGAGGGUCUUGCUGCAGUGUUUUGGGACUGCACUAACCAACCUGCUGCUGUCGACAAGGGAAGCAAACAGUGAUGAAUUCCCCCUCGUUACGGCCUAUGUGCAGGAGUACUUCAACAUGCAGCUGAGCAGCCUGAGGCCAGUGCUCAGUGCAGCUCACAUCAGCACCGUCAGACUGAUCCUUCGCUACUACAGCAGAAUCAUGGAUACAGUACAGUUGUCUGAUGAGUACCUGUCCACCAUGGUGUCAGUGUUACUCAAAAUCCACCUGGAAGCAGAUGUUGACCUUUUCUCUGAGCUGGUUCCCCUGCUGACUGCAGCCAGCCCAGCUGACAUCCAGGCUUUGCCCUCCCUGCAGAACAACAUCAAUGUACGUGAAACCAUUAAUGAAAACUUGGGCAGCAUGACGCUUGCCCAGCAGCAGGCGUUUGGCUUGUGGUACAGCAAAGUCUUGCCCCCCUCCGAAAUCAUCAGAGGUCAUCAGUCGCUCAUCAGGGACACUGGCAACCUGAUCGCCUACCUGCCCUUCCAGAACUUCCAACACCUCUCACCUGCUCAGCUGUUAGAUGGGCUGGAUGUGUUGCAGAGAAAUGCCCUCACAACUCUAAAGCAGGAAUUCAUUGCUCGCAGCCUCAUCGGCACCUACAGGAACCUGACAGCUCAGGACUUUGCCAGGCUGGGUAAUAUCGCAUGUCUGGCAGAACCUGAGGACCUCCUUCUAUAUAAAAACACUGAGGCCUUCAGUGUCAUCCGUGGCAGUGUUAUAAACUGCACACAUCAAGGACUCAGACUGCCCAGCCACCUGCUUUCCAAUUUGUUCCUGAACAGCUCAGAAUUACGCGCCCCGUCUUCUCUGUCUGCUGAGCGACUGACAGAACUCGCCCCAGUGCUGCCUGCACUGGGUGUAACUUUCCUGCAGAGCCUCACAACGUCGCAGCUUCUUGAUGUCCUGCCUGUCCUCAACUCUGUCUCCUUCAGUUCUGCACAGGUAGAGGAGUGA